GAGGGUGGGCAGGGAGCAGGGCGGCCAGAGUCGGUCGAGCUUCCGAGGAGAGCUAGCGGACAGCGUAGCGCAGCGUAUCACCCAGGCGCCGAAGGCGGUGCGGUGUAGUUGAGUGCGGUGCGGCGCGGCCAGCGUCUGGCCUGGGCUGGCUUUUCGGGCUUCUCGAAACUCUCCACGUGAAGGAUUACACCGGAGUGCAGGAUUGUGUGGCUUUCAGUGACGGAUUUCCUCAGCAACCAUGGCUAGCGACAAGCAUGGCCGGUCGGACUCGUACCGAGUGGCCACUGUUCCCUCCAUGGCAGACGACAACAGAACAUUCGACGGAGUCGCAAAGUCGCGGCGGAAAUCCCCGACUAAAGGGAAAAGAAAGGGAGAGGAUUUAGAUGACCUUAAACAAGAAUUGGAUAUCGACUUUCAUAAAAUAACGCCGGAGGAACUCUACCAACGUUUCCAAACUAGCCCAGACAGAGGUCUUUCACACGCUAAAGCAAAAGAGAAUUUGGAAAGAGAUGGCCCAAAUGCUCUCACACCUCCUAAAACAACGCCAGAAUGGGUCAAAUUCUGCAAGCAGCUCUUUGGUGGCUUUGCCCUGCUCCUGUGGAUUGGUGCCAUCCUCUGCUUCAUUGCAUACUCCAUCCAAGCCAGCACGGUUGAGGAACCUGCUGAUGAUAACUUAUACUUGGGUAUUGUACUAUCAGUGGUGGUCAUGGUCACCGGAACCUUUUCAUACUUGCAAGAGUCCAAAAGCGGCAGAAUUAUGGAUUCUUUUAAAAACUUAGUUCCUCAAUUUGCAACAGUUAUAAGAGAGGGAGAGAAGGUAACAGUAAGGGCAGAGGACUUGGUACUUGGUGAUGUUGUGGAAGUUAAAUUUGGAGACCGAGUUCCUGCUGAUCUUCGUGUUAUUGAGGCACGUGGCUUCAAAGUUGACAAUUCUUCAUUGACUGGAGAAUCUGAACCUCAAAGCCGCAGCGUUGAGUUCACUCAUGAGAACCCCCUUGAAACUAAGAAUUUGGCAUUCUUCUCAACCAAUGCUGUUGAAGGCACUGCUAAAGGUGUUGUGAUCAGCUGUGGUGAUCAUACUGUAAUGGGUAGGAUUGCUGGUUUAGCAUCUGGUCUAGACACUGGUGAAACACCCAUUGCAAAGGAAAUUCACCAUUUCAUCCACCUCAUCACUGGUGUGGCUGUGUUCCUUGGUGUUUCGUUCUUCCUCAUUGCUUUCAUUCUGGGUUACCAUUGGUUGGAUGCCGUCAUCUUCUUGAUUGGUAUCAUUGUGGCCAAUGUACCCGAGGGUCUCCUUGCAACUGUAACUGUGUGUCUGACACUAACAGCCAAGAGAAUGGCAUCAAAGAACUGCUUGGUUAAGAAUUUGGAAGCUGUAGAAACCUUGGGCUCCACAUCUACCAUUUGCUCAGACAAAACUGGAACCCUUACCCAGAACCGAAUGACAGUCGCACACAUGUGGUUUGACAACCAAAUCAUUGAGGCUGAUACGACAGAGGAUCAGUCAGGAGUUCAAUAUGACCGCACAAGCCCUGGAUUCAAAGCCUUGUCUAGGAUUGCUGCUCUAUGCAACCGAGCUGAGUUCAAAGGAGGCCAGGAGGGUGUUCCUGUUUUGAAGAAGGAAGUUGCCGGUGAUGCCUCUGAGGCUGCUCUUCUGAAGUGCAUGGAAUUGGCUAUGGGAGAUGUUAUGUCAGUCAGGAAGAAGAACAAGAAAGUGUGUGAGCUGCCUUUCAACUCAACCAACAAAUACCAGAUUUCUAUCCAUGAAACUGAGGAUCCUAAUGACCCCAGGCAUCUGUCGGUCAUGAAGGGAGCUCCCGAGCGUAUUCUGGACCGAUGCUCCACUAUUUUCAUUGGUGGCAAAGAGAAAGUUCUGGAUGAGGAAAUGAAAGAGGCAUUCAACAAUGCUUACCUGGAACUUGGUGGUCUGGGUGAGCGUGUGCUUGGAUUCUGUGACCAGAUGCUGCCAUCCGACAAAUAUCCAAUUGGUUUCAAGUUCGAUGCUGAUGAAGUUAACUUCCCCAUCACUGGAAUGCGCUUUGUGGGCCUCAUGUCCAUGAUUGACCCUCCCCGUGCUGCCGUCCCUGACGCCGUCGCUAAAUGCCGGUCUGCUGGUAUCAAAGUCAUCAUGGUGACUGGUGACCACCCGAUCACUGCCAAAGCUAUUGCCAAGUCCGUCGGUAUCAUUUCUGAAGGAAAUGAAACUGUGGAAGAUAUUGCUCAGCGACUGAACAUCCCUGUUUCUGAAGUUAACCCUCGUGAAGCUAAAGCUGCUGUUGUUCACGGUACUGAGCUGCGAGACUUGGACUCAGACCACUUGGAUGAUAUCCUUCGCCACCACACCGAAAUCGUGUUUGCCCGUACUUCACCGCAGCAGAAGCUCAUCAUUGUUGAGGGUUGCCAACGCAUGGGUGCCAUUGUGGCUGUGACAGGAGAUGGUGUGAAUGACUCCCCUGCCUUGAAGAAAGCUGAUAUUGGUGUUGCUAUGGGUAUUGCUGGUUCUGAUGUGUCCAAGCAAGCUGCUGACAUGAUUCUGCUUGAUGACAACUUUGCCUCAAUUGUCACUGGUGUUGAAGAGGGUCGUCUCAUCUUUGACAACUUGAAGAAAUCUAUUGCCUACACUCUGACCUCCAACAUUCCUGAAAUCUCACCUUUCCUGGCAUUCAUCUUGCUAGACAUUCCACUUCCACUUGGUACAGUUACCAUUCUCUGCAUUGACUUGGGAACUGACAUGAUGCCUGCUAUAUCUCUGGCUUAUGAAGCUCCAGAGGCAGACAUAAUGAAAAGGCAGCCACGUGACCCGUACAGUGACAAGUUGGUGAAUCACAGGCUCAUCUCCAUGGCUUACGGCCAAAUUGGUAUGAUCCAAGCUGCCGCUGGCUUCUUUGUGUACUUCGUGAUCAUGGCUGAAAAUGGAUUCCUGCCCAUCAAGCUGUUUGGUAUCCGUAAGCAUUGGGACUCGAAGGCCAUUAACGACCUUCCCGAUUCAUAUGGACAAGAAUGGACGUACAGGGACAGGAAAGCUCUUGAAUUCACGUGCCAUACUGCUUUCUUCGUGUCCAUUGUCAUUGUGCAGUGGGCUGAUUUGAUUGUCUGUAAAACAAGGCGUAAUUCUCUUAUUCACCAAGGAAUGAGAAAUUGGGCAUUGAACUUCGGUCUGGUAUUUGAGACUGCUCUCGCUGCCUUCCUUUCGUACACACCUGGAAUGGACAAGGGUCUCAGGAUGUACCCGCUCAAGUUUGUGUGGUGGCUGCCCGCCCUUCCCUUCACUCUCUCUAUCUUCAUCUAUGACGAGGUGCGGCGCUUCUACCUCCGUAGAUACCCUGGCGGCUGGUUGGAGCAGGAGACAUACUAUUAAGCACACCACCGUAUGCUGGCUGCGAGCCGCUGUUGCUCAGUAGACUCAUACCCACACUACGCUGUAAAAGUGUUCAAAAAAGUAGCCCUGACGGGAGACAUAAAUGGAUGAUAUUGAAGAGGUACUUUCCUCAAAGUCAAGAUCGGAAACAUAUUUUAAGAAACCAAUUUGCUUCGCUGGAGCCACGUUUUAGUAGGCAGCCACUAGGGACAACUAAGAAUGAGUUGCAGUAAUGGUAUACAAGUGUGCAUGUGGAUGGUGCGACUGGAAGGACCAUGUCAGUGAAAGAUUAUCAGGCAGUGUGGAAUGUACAGAUGUACAGCAUGGAAAAUGGACACCUAUGAAAGCCUCAUCACACCAAUGCCACAUUCUAAUUGUCAUUCUAGAACCAUUUUUUUUUUCUUCAUUUUUUUUUUAAAGAAGAGAAGAGUAUUUACUAUUUAGUUUACUAUUGUGUGCAAGAUGUAUAUGACGCUGCUGUAAAAUCUCCACCUUUUUUGUUUUUAGUAAUAUUUUUGUUGAUAUUAUCUUCUUUUAGUUAAUUUUCAGUUUUAGUGCGGGCUUCAAGUUUUUAGGAAAUGUUUGCCUGCUCCAGUAAUUUAGGAAAAAAUUCUCAACCAGUCAAGUGAUCUGACAACCAUGUUGGAGAGCUAAAUUAGUUAUAAAUUAUGUGAGAAAUAAUAUUUCUUUUUAACAUGAAGAGACUUAUGUUCAGAGAAAAAUAAUGAAAUGGUUUGUAACUACUUAUUGAUAAAGAAAGAGCAUAUAGAACACUUUAAUUGUUCGUUUAUAUAGAGUAAAAUAAGAAAAUGAAAAAAACAAAAUCUUGUUGCAAUGUUUUUGAAUAAAAGUGUGGUUUAUAAAAUUGUGCGAAAAGGGCAAAUUGCGAGCAUGGGGCACCUGGAGAAGCACAGCUUUUCCUACCACAUUGCCUCCAUCCACCAGUGUCAUGUGAAUCAUCAGUGUAAUUAAUUCAUGAAUGUGGAACACUUCUUCUUGUUAUGUGUAAAUUACCUUGCUGAUAUUUGCGAGAGAGCAAUUUUUUUUGUAUUGAUUUUUAAAAACACAUUUGUAAAACCUCCCCCCUUCAAUCCUAUUACUCUUACUGCCUAUUACCAAUGUUCUAAUUUUUACUUUAGAUUAGACUUUGAAAUUCUGAUAUGAUGAUGGGAUCCAUCAAUCUAGGAUACAAAGUGCUUGAUGUAUCUUGGGAAAACUGGAUAGAUAGGUUGUAGAUAUAUUUUUAGGAUAGUAUAACCAUGUUGUUAAUGUAAGUCAGUACACAAAUUUCACUGUUGAAGCUUGUUACAUGUGAGACUUGAAAAAAUUUACUUGUCUAGAUCCAAACUCCAGCGAUGUAAAAAUAAUGAAUAAUUACGAUGGUAAUUGAGAGUGGGGGAGGGGGGGAGAUUCAGCGGCAUCGGCUAUCCAGCCAGCUGGAUCCAGCUGCCCUGCCCUGCCCUGCCACUUGUGUUGGACCAGCAGCAACCAGAAAGCCGUCUGGUUCCUCGUCUCGUCUCUUCGCGUCGCUGCCGAGAAGGGAGGGAGGGGUACGAAUGAGUGAUUGAGCCGCGUGCCGUGCCGCACCGCGCCGCGCCGCUUGGAUGGGAGCUCUUCUCGGGUCGUGCUUGCGCUGGGCCCGCGAUGCGCCCGCGCCCUUUUUCACGCCAUUCCAUUCGAUACAUUCCACAUUCCGGGGCCCAUGGCGAGCCCAGGCCAGCCCAGGCCUCCACGCCUAGCCUAGGCUGCCUAGGCCAGGCCGACCCGCGAGGGGCUCCGUGCCACGCCGUGCUCGGGGCGGGCCCCCCGCGCGGUCCACUCCAGCCAAAACUGGAGACGGUGGUUGGAAAGUUGUUCUAUCAUUCUUACGAUGAUAUUGUACAUAUUUUAAAUAAGAACUUAUAAAUUAUUAUAUUUUUUUGUUUUUUCUUUUGUUUGAACUUACUCACAUCAGAAAUUUCCACCUCCUUGUAUUGGCUAUGAAUGAGUGCAUUGUAAAAAUGAUACGCAUUGUCAACCACAAAACUUGGUUACCAAAACCAUCUGAUCUGCAGGAUUUACUGUUAGACUUAGCCUGUAGAAUUUUAAACAAAUAUGACGGUGCAGUUUGUCCUUGUUUAUGAAUGAACGUGAGCAUUUAAUUUGUUAAUCGUAAUGUGUAGAUGCAUUGCUCGUGAUCUGUAAUAAUAAUAAGAAUAACUACACACAAUACUGCCUACCACAAUCUGCCGAUGGAGCGACUGGAGCGUUGUUCAAAAUAUGUAAGACAAUAACCAAUACAGCUUCCGGUUGGAUGAAGUGGCAGAAAGCCUCUAGUUUCUGUUGUGGGUGGAAAGAUCUAAGUGUGCAGUUGUCUUGGCUCAUCAUCAAUUUUUGGUAGAAUUUGAAAAAAAAGAAGAAAAACAAAGAAUUUUUACACACAAAACAUCGGAAUUGUGUAAGUUGUUUGCCAUAAGCACAUAAUAAAAAUGGUACAUGUUGAACAAA